GGAGCCCUGGAGGCCAGGCCAGGGCUGGCCGCACGGCCCUCGGGGGCACGUCAGCCCGAGCCCUGUCCCAGGCCCUGGGCUUGGGAGCUUGCUGCCACCACUGCCCAGGACGUGCAGGCCUCCCACCUUCCUGCCCCGGCCUCUACCCAUCUGGCCGACUGUCCUACUGGCCGCCAUGCGCCUGCCAUGGGCCGCCUCCCCCUGCGGCCUGGCCUGGGGGCCUCUCAUCCUGGGCCUCUGCGGUCUCCUGGCAGCAUCCCAGGCCCGACUGGAGCCCCCAUACCACACAGAGAACCGAACGUGCUGGGACCGGGAAAAGGAGUACUACGAACCCAAGCAUCAGGUCUGCUGCUCCCGCUGCCCCCCAGGCACACACGUCUCCGUGGAAUGCAGCCCCAGCCAGGACACCGUUUGUGUCCAGUGUCCCGAAAAUUCCUACAACGAGCACUGGAACCAUCUCUCCUUCUGCCAGCUGUGCCGCCCCUGUGACCAGAUGCUGGGCUUCGAGGAGACCAUGCCUUGCACCAGCAGACAGAAGACCCAGUGCCGCUGCCAACCAGGAAUGUUCUGCGCGCACUGGGACACGGAGUGUGUACACUGUGAGCCACUCUCCGACUGCCCACCAGGCACUGAGGCCAAGCCGACAGAUGAAGUCGGGGUAGUUAACAGAAACUGUGUGCCCUGUAAGGCAGGCCACUUCCAGAACACCUCCUCCCCCAGGGCCCGCUGCCAGCCCCAUACAAGGUGUGAGGAGCAGGGCCUGGUGGAGGCAGUUCCAGGCACUGCCCGGUCUGACGCCAGCUGCAGAAAUCCCCCAGAGCACACGGAGAUGCCAGGAACUAUGAUGGUGCUGGCCAUCCUGCUGCCACUGGCCUCAUUCCUGCUCCUCACCACCGUCCUGGCCUGCACCUGGAAGAGCCACCCCUCUCUCUGCAGGAAGCUAGGAUCUCUGCUGAAGAGGCGUCCAGAGGGAGAGGAAUCAAAUACCGCUGAUGGAAGCUGGGAGCCUCCAAGGGUCAACCCACAUUUCCCUGACCUGGUAAAGCCACUUCUGCCCUUUGGAGACAUAGCCCCCGCCUCGGCCAGUCUCCCAGCACCCCCAGCUUUGGAGGAAGAGAUGCUACAGCAACAGAGUCCUCUCGGCCAGGCCAGGGAGCUGGAGCCGGAGCUCCCAGAGCAAAGCCAGGUGGCCCAUGGUACCAGCGGCAUUCAUGUCACCGGUGGGUCUGUGACUGUCACCGGCAACAUCUACAUCUACAAUGGGCCGGUCCUGGGGGGAGCACGGGGCCCCGGAGACCCCCCUGCUUCCCCAGAGCCUCCAUAUCCCACCCCUGAAGAGGGUGCCCCUGGCCCUCCUGGACUCUCCACACCCUACCAGGAGGAUGGCAAAGCUUGGCAUCUGGCUGAAACAGAGACACUGGGCUGCCACGCCCUCUAACAGAGCCAAGGACCCAACUUGUCACCCAUGCCUCUUGGUGUCUGGGAAUAGCCAGAAGGGAUGUGCAAGAGCACCUUCUCCCUGAGGCUGCCCUACCCACCCAGGACUGACCGAGGGCCUGGGUCGGGCCCCUAAGAGGCAGACCGUGAGGGGCCAGGCCUCAGACGCACCUCCGAGAGCAGGGCCGGGCACUGGCUGGGUAGGUACCCCCCACAAGACUCUCACCAGCAGCUGAGCGGGCCUGAGACUUCAUUGCAGACCCUCCUGCCCACGGGGCCUGCGACAGCUCAGCUUCCAGCACGGACCGGGCAUGUGAUGCUCACUGCUGCCCACCACGGCACUCGGCAGCCUCCGCACGGCCGAGCAGGAGACCGGCCACAUGGUCACAGACGAGGACAUCCGCGGGACCUCCAGCAGAUUCGUGGUGCUCAUCCCCAAGCUUCAGAGGCCCUUUGAGAGCCCACCCUUCACACGGACUGAAGUAGACCCUGUAGGAAGAUGGGGUUCAUGGAGGACUGCCCCUCCCCUCUCUGCCUGAUGGGAAAGGGAAGGACUGACAACUGGGGGGUUUGGACACAGUUACUGGGUAGAAGGGAGAGUUUGGGAGGGGGAGGAAAAUGGCAAGUGUAUUUAUAAAUUGUAACCACAUGCAAAU